AUGGCAGAUAUCAAGGAUAUCAAGGUUCCCAAGGGCGAUGUGCCCGAGGAUUUCUGCUGUGCAGCUUCCGGGCGACCCUUGUACUAUCCCGUAGUCACUGAUCAGGGUGUGGCCUAUUGCUAUUCCGUGCUCUUUGAGAUGUUCAUGUCAUCACCUAUGGGUGCACCCAAGUGUGUGGUGACGGGGGAGCCCAUCACCUUCUUUCCCAAUGUUUGCCCUGCACUGCACCAUUUUAUGCUGGAUGUCUACAAGAAGGAUCUCAAGGGCCGGAAACAAAUCGAGGAAACCAUCAUGGCCAGCCACGGGCUGAAGGUGCCAAGCAUCAUGGAUGCACCGGAUGAGGAUGGAGAUGAUGGAUUUAUGGAGGAGUUCACCUGUCCUGUCAGCAAAGCCUUGGCCUUCGAGCCCUGUUGCCUCAGCAGUGGCACCUUGGUGAGCGCACGGUCCAUCCCUCCGGGCGGUUUCAAGAAGGAUCCCAAUCGCCUGGUGGCAUGCGCACUGCAUGGGCAAGCACCCAAGAAAAGCAAUGUGCUGGAACUGAUGAUCAGGACAAAGUUCCCCUCUCAGUACAAGGCAUUGGAAUCCAAGCACGGCAGCCUUGAGCCGUCAUCGCAACCGACCUGCAGAGACUUUGGGGCGGAUGAGCACAUGCACUUGGGCCUAGGCUGGCUGGGCUGGAAACCAUGGUGCUUUUUGAAAGCUGGUUUUAAUGGAAUCUUUCAAAGACAUGGACGUUUAUGGUAG